ACAAAACAAAGUUGCAAGCAGGCACAAUACUUCACAGUCACAUCUAUCGAAGAAAAGGGAGAAAGCUCAGCAGCUGCAGACAUUUCUUCCUUUCUAUGGUGGAGGAAGCCUGUCAUCUGAAAUCAGUGCUUUGCGACUUUCCUACCUACAGAAUGGUGGUAACGAUCAGUUGAUCCUUGUCCAACUGCAUGACCUCUUGGCUGAAGCUCUGCAACUGGAACAGAGGGUGAAGCAUCCAAAAAUUCAACGGAAGGAGAGGAAUUACAGGGAACGUGAUACAUUCAAGCGCAAUUUGGAUUCAGAGCUGAUUUCUCUGGAGGUAGAAAAUCAGCGACUAGAAGAAGAAAUUCUCAAACUGCAGCUCAAACGACAAAGGAAUUGUAGAAGUCAAAAACCAUUGAAGACUUCCAUUGGCCAAAGGCUAAUGCUAUCACUGUAUGGAGAUGAAAGUGAUCAACUGAUCCAGAAAGAUAGUUACCAGAAAAUGAGGGCUCUGAAGACUGAGAUUGACCUUUUGAAACAAGAGGUGGCGAUUCGGCGUCUUCAGCGUCACAUGAGGAACUCAAAGACCCGUGACCUUCCCAAUGCUACAGUGCGAACUCCUGGAUUUCUGCCAAUG